CUUGGAUAUAUAUGUAGUUGUACGUAACACGUGCACGCACAUAUACAUAGCGUGCGAACAUAUCCGAGUUCUAUUUCUCGCGCGUUCGUGUAACUACACGCGAAAUACCGAAUAUGCACGAGUGCAAGUGGCGGUAAACCUCGUGGGUUUGUUCAGCGAGCGCUACGAUUGGUCAAUGAUAGUAAAGGAGUAGGGGAAAGAGACUGUCGGUCGCCGUAACGCAUAUACAUUUUGUAGCAUUGCACUCGUGUUGGCGUACGUACGCACGCGUCUGCUUAAGAGUUCCGUUCGUUCGUUUAAAUAAUUAUAAUUUUUGUAGUAAACAGAUCGUGCAUAGGUUGCAUUAUAAUCUCGGUUGUUAAAAGAAAUGGUUGUACCGGCGGAACAUGCGCUCCAUGAGGCCAUUCAGGUUUCACCACUUAAAUUGUCAAACGAUGUUAGAAGACAGAAAAUCGAAAACCGGUUAGCACGAAUGCGUUUAUCUGCAACGACUGUUAGAAAGAUUCAGGAUGUAUUUGUUUCGGAGAUGAACAAGGGUAUCCAUCAAGAACCGUCAUCUUUACAAAUGGAGAACACGUAUGUACCGGAACUCGUAGAUGGAACAGAGGCGGGACGUUUUUUAGCAUUAGAUCUUGGCGGGACUAAUUUUCGAAUUCUCUUAUUGGAAUUGAAGAAUGGCAGAGUUGUGAGGGAGAAUGUGAAGAAUUAUCACAUCGGAUCUGAAUUAAGGGUUGGCACAGGUCUUCGUUUGUUCGAUUAUUUAGCCGAAUGCCUUAGUGAUUUCGUAAUUAACCAGGGUCUUCAGGAUGUGGAGGUCCCUUUAGGAUUUACAUUUUCGUUUCCAAUGGUUCAACAUUCUCUCGAUGUUGGAAUUUUGGUGACAUGGACAAAGAGUUUCAAUUGUCCAGACGUUGUCAAUAAGGACGCAGUUCAAUUACUCCGAGAUGCUCUUGCUCGUCGAGGUGAUACCAAAGUAAAAGUCAUAGCGGUAUUGAAUGAUACAACAGGAACUCUCGUACAAGGAGCUACAUUGGAUCCCGAUACAGCUAUUGGGCUCAUUCUGGGUACCGGUAGUAAUGCUUGCUAUCUUGAACGAGCUGACAGGGUCGAACAUUGGGAACCAGAAAGACAUGGGGAAAGAGAGGUCGUAAUAGAUAUCGAAUGGGGUGCCUUUGGAGACAACGGUGUUUUAGACUUUAUUAAAACUGAAUUCGAUCGCGAGAAUGACGCGAAUUCGCUUCUCGUAAAUUCAUUUACAUUCGAAAAAUAUAUCAGUGGAAAGUAUCUCGGUGAAAUAGUACGUAUUGUGCUCACCAAAUUAACGAAAGAAGGGCUUUUAUUCCUAGAAAAAGAUCCAGGGCGUUCUUUUUUCACAUCAGGAACGCUUACCUCGGAUUUAGUAUCAUAUAUUGAACAAGACACCGUAGACGGCAGUACCGAUAAUACAAAAGAAGUUUUAGCAAAAUAUGAUAUCGUUCCAACCGACGAUGACAUAAAUAUUGUACAAUACGUGUGCGAAGUUGUUUCUAAUCGUGCAGCUCUUCUCGUUUCUAUAUGUCUCGCGGCAUUGUUGGAACGAAUCGAUAAGGAGAAUGUGACGAUCGCGGUCGAUGGUUCUCUGUAUAAACAUCAUCCUCGAUUCGAAACUUGGAUGAAGCAGUAUAUAGCUUUGCUUGCCCCUAGUCGUAAGUUCAAAUUGAUUCACGUCGAGGAUGGAAGUGGAAAGGGUGCAGCGCUGGUCACUGCGAUUGCGCAAAGGAUUCAAAAGAGAUUAACAUAAUUAUUAUUGACGGAGAAGUGAAUUCACUACUCCGGCAAUAUGUAAUACUCUAUCAGUAGUGCAAGCAUUCCAUGGCAGGACAAUUUCCUGGUUGUGUUAUAAAAAAGGGUAAUAGUCAAAAUGAUAUAACGUUAACUAUAUUUUCAUCAAAGUUGUUGCAUUUGCCAUUGUCAACCUCGUUGAACCAUCUUUAGGAUUUUCGUUAGAAACCAUUGUUUUCCCGUAAAUCUUUGGAAAGUAUAGUCGGCAAUUUUAAUUCAAACGAAUUAUAUAUAUAUAUAUA